UCUCUUUCUCCCUCCACAACAACACUUUCUUUUUCUCUCUCUACACUCUCAGAAAACAUCAUCACCACCACUGUCCCCCCCAACACAAUAACAUCAUCGUCAUCAUACCCUUAAAAAAAUGGAGGAUUGUAAACAUGACACGAGGAAGCGAGUUCGUGAUGACUCGGAUCUUGCCGCCUCGAACGAGUCCAAGCGAGUUAUCCGAGUUGACUCGGAUUAUUAUGACGGUGACUCGUCCGAGUUGAGUCUUUCACGUAUCAACUCGUUUGAAUCGUGUGUUGACUCGGACGGGUCUGAGCCUGAAAUCGUUCGGGUUGAAUAUGAACCUGACUCGUAUGAAGUUAACGAGAUGACGGAUGAGAUACUGAACAUACUUGACGAGACAGAUACUGUGAUAGAUCGUGAAACAACCGUCACCGCCGUUCAAGGACUUGACUCUGUUAUCAAGAGCUUCGAGGAUGAGAUAUUUGCCCCGGGUCAAGAUUUGGAUCCGAACCAAGCACCCGAGUCCAGCGAUUUCAACCCGAACCUAGGAUAUUUACUGGAAGCCUCGGAUGAUGAACUUGGUUUGCCACCGACGGUGGUCCAAACCGAGGAAAAUGCUUUACCCGAAAUCAACGAAUCGGGUCGGGUUGGCCCGGACGGUGUUGAUUUGAGUGGGUUUUAUUGGUUUGAAGAAGAUAUUCGAAACAAUGAACCUUUUGGGUUGAUGGGUUAUGAUAACGUUGGCGAUGACAACGACGCUGGCUAUGUGACGAUUGAUGGACUAUUUGAUUAUGGUGAGGCUACCGAUCUUUUGUGGCGGUCGGAGUCGUUGCAAGCUAUAUAGGACUUUCCGGCGCGGCGACAUUUUGCGACUCUUCGCCGGAAUGUUUGGUUAAUGGUUUUUUAGAUAGCACAUAUGACGUAGGAGGGUAGUUGUGAAAAUUUCGAAUUAUGAAAUUUGUUGAAUAGGCCCCUGACUUGUUCGAUAAUUUUUUUUUGUUCUAAAAAUGUUUAUUUUAUGAUGUGAAUGUGACUCUAGACAUGUUUUUUUU